AAAAGAACACGAAACUCGGUAAGUAUUCUUCACAGGAGUGACAAAGAAGUCAAGUCAAUCACCACACCACGCACAACGACCCUUCUCUGCACUCAAACCGAAUCAUGAUCUCACAUUCUUCCACGACUCUCUAAACCCUCCCCUCUGAUCUGCAAAACUCUUCACAAAUGGCCUUUCAAUUCCACCGAUUGCUCGGUUUCAGAUCUUCAAUUUGAGAUGCAGCCUGGCAGUAUCUCACCACCUCCAUUUGCUCUCAUUCCACUUGCUUUCAAUCACGAUAAUUUAACCCCUGAGGGUUUCGGUAUCUCUAGGUUUUUCUUCUUAGGCUCGCUCCUCUUAUCUCCCGGCGGACCUACCGGCGGCGACUACGACGGCGACGGCGGUAUGGAUUUCUCCAAGGUCGGUGAGAAGCUUCUCAGUUCAGUCCGUUCCGCUAGAUCUCUUGGAUUUUUUCCUUCUAAUUCCGAUCGUCCUGAGGUUCCAGAGCGUGCUGCAGCUGCAGCAACUAUAGCUCGUGCACUUGCUUCAAUUCCACCGCAUCAAAGGCAUAAUAUAUCUUCAAGCUCUGAAGAGCUUAGUUCUAUAUAUGGAAGUGAGCCUUCUAAUCAAGCACUGGAAGAACUUGAGGAAGAAUUCUAUGAAGAGGAGUUUGAUCCUGUUCGACACACCUUAGAGAAUCUUCCGCAUGAAGAAAGUGAUCUUGCAUAUUUUGAGGGGAAGGCUGCUCUUAGAUUAUUACAACUGGAUAAAGUAACAGAAAUUUUGUCACGCCAAGUGAUGGAGCACCAUGAAGUAAUGGUGAAAGGAAUGGAUUUGGUUGGUGAGCUGGAGAAAGACUUGAAGGUUGCAAAUGUCAUUUGCAUGAAUGGACGAAGACACCUCACUUCUUCAAGGAACGAGGUUUCAAGAGACCUUGUUGUUAACACAAGUUCUAAAAGGAAACAAACUCUUAUGGAUAUUCUUCAAAUUUUAUCAGCUCUGCGCCGUGCAAAGGACAUGCAAGCAGAACUUGAAACACAUGUCAAUGAAGAAAAUUUCUUUAAGGCAUUCCAGGUCCUAUCUGAGUAUCUUCAACUUUUGGAUAGCUUAUCAGACCUUUUGGCUAUACAGGAAAUGAGUCGUGGCGUAGAGAUUUGGCUAGCAAGAACUCUACAGAAGCUGGAUUCACUUCUGUUGGGAGUGUGCCAAGAUUUUAAAGAAACGAGCUUUUUGACUGUGGUAGAUGCUUAUGCAUUGAUCGGUGAUGUUUCUGGUCUUGCUGAAAAGAUACAAAGCUUCUUUAUGCAGGAGGUUAUAUCUGAAACCCAUGCAGUGCUUAAGAGCAUUGUGCUAGAGGAUCUCGAAGCAUCUGAAAUUCAAAGUACCAGACUUACAUACAGUGAUCUUUGCACUCGAAUACCUGAAUCCGAGUUUAGAAAGUGUUUAUUGGCAACUCUUUCUGUCCUCUUCAAGUUAAUGUGCUCAUAUCACUCAAUUAUGAGUUUCCAUUCAGAGUAUAAGGCUUCGAUGGGACAAUUUUCAAAUGAGGUGCAGAAACAAGGUGAUGAAACAGGUUCUUCCAAAAACAUUCAACAAGGUGAUUAUCAAUCUCUUUCGGACUCAAGGGAUGAUAACACCGGAGCUUCAAGCAGUGGGUCCCCAUGGUUUCAUUUGAGAAACGAUGCCACAUCAGUUGUUUCACAAACGUUACAAAGAGGUCGCAGGAAUCUUUGGCAACUUACAACAAGCCGUGUGUCAGUAUUGCUCUCUUCUGCUGCGGUUUCUUCUACUAGCAUUCAUCAGUUUUUAAAAAUUUACGAAGAUCUCAACAUCUUCAUCUUGGCUGGUGAGGCCUUUUGUGGGGCUCAAGCAGCUGACUUUAGACAGAAAAUCAAAUCCAUUUGUGAAAAUUAUUAUCUUGCUUUUCACAAGCAAAAUGUACACGCUCUGAAAAUGGUAUUGGAAAAAGAGAGUUGGUUUGUGAUGCCUCCGGAGACGAUUCAGACGGUGAGUUUUGCGGGCCUUGUUGGUGAUGGAGCUGCAUUGAUAAGUCAAAGUCAAACAACUGGGUCCCACAAGUUAUCUGACUUAGCAAAAACGAGCAGUAAACAAGGUGGAUUCUCCCAUUGGGUUAAAGAUGGGAAUCCAUUUUCUAAACAUGAUUCAAAGGAAUGUGAUAAUUCCCCUAAUGAAAAAGUCAACGGGGUAUCACAUAAUGGUGAUGUGCAUCGUAAUAAUAAUGGUCAUGCUGAUGUUUCGGAUGAUGAAAAUGAAGAUCUUCUUGCUGACUUUAUUGACGAAGAUAGUCAACUACCGAGCCGUAUUGCUAAGCCUAAACAUUUAGUAAACCGCUCUUUAUCUUUGAGCACUGAAGACAUGACAGCUCACACAGGAUCGUCGAUCUGCGUGCUAAGGCUGAUGGAUAAAUACGCAAGGCUAAUGCAAAAGUUAGAGAUAAUUAACGUGGAGUUUUUUAAGGGGAUACGUCAGUUGUUUGGAAUCUUUUUCCAUUUUGUGUUUGAAAGCUUUGGUCAUCUGAACACCAAUCCUCCUGGAAAAGCGAAUAAUGAUGUUAAUAGCUAUCGACUGAAAACAGCUUUAUCCAGAAUAUCGCAAGAUUGCAAUCAGUGGAUAAAGAGCGCGUCUUCUUCAGAACCUUACGCUUCACAAGCGCCAUUAAACAUGACAUUUUCUCAUAUGGAAAUCACACCCACUAGUCCACCCAGUCAUACGCUCAGCACAUCAUUUGGCCUCAAGGAAAGAUGUGCAGGAGCUGAUACCAUCUCUAUUGUUGCUCGAUUGUUGUAUAAAUCCAAGGCUCAUCUUCAAUCUGUACUUUUGACGAAUAACGCAGCAGUUGUUGAAGAGUUCUAUUUGCAUUUGGUGGAUUCGGUGCCAGAUCUCACAGAGCAAAUACAUAGAACGACUGCAAAGUUACUACUUCAUAUUAGUGGGUAUGCUGAUCGAAUUGCCAAUUCUAAAUGGGAAGUUAAAGAGCUUGGAAUGGAACAUAACGGGUAUGUUGACCUGUUAUUGGGGGAAUUUAAGCACUACAAAACAAGACUGGCUCACGGAGGCAUUCGGACCGAGGUUCAAGACCACUUAAUAGAAUACGGUCUCGAAAAUAUUUCUGAAAUUCUAGUUGAAGGACUCUCGAGAGUGAAACGGUGUUCUGACGAGGGCCGAGCCCUAAUGUUAUUGGAUCUUCAGGUUUUGAUCAAUGGCCUUCAGCAUUUUGUCACCAUUAAUGUUAAACCGAAAUUACAAACUGUCGAAACUUUUAUCAAGGCAUAUUACCUUCCGGAAACUGAAUAUGUACAUUGGGCCCGCGCUCAUCCGGAAUACACAAAAAGCCAAAUGGUGGGGUUAAUUAACCUUGUGGCUACAAUGAAAGGAUGGAAAAGGAAAAACAGACUGGAAGUGUUGGAAAAGAUAGAAGCCCACUAGCCCAGUCAUGUAAUUAGGUUUCAAAUGGCCCAUUUUAUUAUCUGGUCUAUGUAAAUUGAAGCCCAUAGUCAAAGGUGGUGAUAUAAUAAUAUUAAGCUUCCCUGUUAUGGGCUUGCUGAGUUGUGAUUUUAUGUUGUUUAUAUGUUCAAAAUGUACAUCUGAAUUACUGAUUAUUAUUGUAACAUUUUGAGUGAAAAUAGUUAAUGUAAUAAAACCAUUUUUCUUGAAUGUU